AUGAAUUCAUGCUUCAUCAUCUCCCUCUGUCUCUCCUCCUCCUCCUUCUUCAUCAACAUUUUCAGUACCGAGGCUGCACCCGCAUAUCUGUUUCAUGAUUGCCCAAACACCACCCUCUUCACUCCCAACUCCACCUACCGAUCCAACCUCCGUAUCCUCCUAUCUUCCCUCUCCUCCGCCGCCACCGGCAGUGCCGACGGAUUCGCCAAUGCAGCUGCCGGCCAAAACCCUCCCGACCGGGCCUACGGGCUCUUCCUCUGCCGCGGCGACCUCAACAGCACCACUUGCAGCCACUGCGUGGCCACCGGGAAACGGGAUAUCCUCCAAAGAUGCCCGAACCAGCGAGUCUCCACAAUCUGCUAUGACCAGUGCAUGUUGCGGUACUCGAACUGGCCCAUCCUCUCGGCCAUGGAGCAAUCACCAGAUCGGGUCUUGUACGAUGACAUCAGGAACGUCACUGACCCAACCCGGUUCAUGCAGCUCCUUGGAGAAACCCUGAACGACAUUGGCACGAGGGCUUCGGCUGGCGGGUCGGCGAAGAAGGUUGCAGUGGCAGAGGCAAACUUCACGAACUCACAGAAGCUGUACGCACUCGCACAGUGUACACCGGACUUGACGGCAUCAGACUGUGUCAAGUGCCUCCAGUUCGGGAUCGCUAAUCUGCCUCACGGGAAGCAAGGCGGGAGGUUGCUUGCUCCGAGCUGCAACUUGAGAUACGAGCUCUACCCCUUUUAUAAUGCCUCGGCCCUGCCGUCGCCGGCCCCUCCACCUCCUGCUCCAGCACCUCCAGCUCCCGCUCCGGUGACUGGACCUGAAGGCAAAAGCAAUAAAACUGUUGUGAUAAUCAUUGCGGUCAUCACAACCCUGGUGUUUCUCUUCCUCGUUUGGUGUAUCUGUCGGAGGAAUGCGACCAAGACACUUGCGGUCGUCCAAGGAGAUCAAAUCAGCCUAACUGAAAUUACAAACUCCGAGCCCUUGCGGUAUAAUUUAGCCACCAUACUAGUCGCCACAAACAAUUUCUCUCAUCAAAACAAGUUGGGUAACGGCGGAUUUGGUGAAGUUUUCCUGGGUAUGCUUCUUAAUGGAGUGCUAAUAGCUGUGAAGAGACUAUCUCAAAGCUCGAGACAAGGUGCCGAAGAAUUUAAGAACGGAGUCAUGCUGCUACCGAAGCUUCAACAUCGAAAUGUCGUGCAGCUGCUCGGGUUCUGCUUGGACGGUGUGGAAAAACUACUCGUCUAUGAGUUUGUGCAAAAUAAAAGUCUUGACUACUUUUUAUUUGAUCCUGAAAAAAGCAGGCACUUGGAUUGGUCGACACGUUACAAAAUAGCAUAUGGGAUUGCUCGAGGAAUGCGCUAUCUACAUGAGGACUCUCGAAUUCAGAUCAUCCAUUGUGAUCUUAAAUCAAGAAAUAUCUUGUUGGAUAGUGAAAUGAACCCGAAGAUUUCCGAUUUUGGCAUGGCAAGGAUUUUCGGAGUCGAUCAAACAUUGGCAAGCACCGAAAGAAUUGCAGGGACUUAUGGCUACAUGUCACCUGAGUACGCAAUGAAUGGGCAAUUGUCAGUGAAGUCCGAUGUCUAUAGUUUCGGUAUCCUACUUCUGGAGCUCGUUAGCGGUAAGAAUAAUGGUUCUUUCUACCAAGAAGAAGGGAGCGAAGGUAUUGCUAUCCAUGUCUGGAAGAAUUGGAGGGGCAGUACGCCGUUGGUAAUGUUAGAUCCUGCCAUUGGAGACGCUUAUUCAAUGGACGAAGUUCUUGGAUGCCUCAGAAUUGGUUUGCUGUGUACUUUGGAAGAUCCAAAUCAAAGACCCACAAUGGCGAGCAUAGUCUGUGAGUUGAGCAGCCUCCCUAUUACUCUUGAACUACCCCAACGACCGGCCUUCUUCCCCAGCAGGAUUGAGAGACUGAUGGAAGAGCUGGAAUCAGACCAAUCCACCGGUAGGUCGAUGCCAUUGUCGACCACUGAGAUGUCGGACCAAUCCACCGGUAGACUGGCCUCGCCCAGAUUGGACAAGGGCCGCCUUGCCCUUGGUUGCGAAUGCCCUGGGCAACGCCGCGAAGGCCGUCUCGCCGGCCGUGGGCGAGGCGGCCUCGAAAGAUCUGGUGAGAGCCUUCACCGCCACGGGCGAGGCAGCCUCGCCAAAUCUGGCGAGAGCCUUCACCACCUCGCCUGUGCCGGUGAGGCCGCGAUGGCCUCGCCAAGGGCUUUCGCCAUCGCAGGCAAGGCAGACUCGCCGGAUCUGGUGAGAGCCUUCACCGCCGCGGGUGAGGCGGUCUCAUCGGAUCUGGUGAGAACCUUCGCCGCCGCACCUGCUGCCGAUGAGGGAUGGCCUCACCCAGGGCAUUCACAGCUGCAGGCAAGGCAGCCUCACCGGAUCUGGCGAGAGCCUUCACUGGCUCGCUCGCGGCGACAAGGCCGCGAUGGCCUCACCAAGGGCCUUCGUGGCCAUACCGGCCGAUGGUGA